UCAAUAUAAAUACAAGGCUGAUAAACAAUUGAAAAUCGAUGGAAAUGUCGGUUUGUUAAAUUUUGGUGUUGACGAUGAAAAAUUUAAAAGUUCCACGAUGGUACCAGGAUCUUUCAAUUCCUCAGAUGGAGAUAAUUUUUGCCCUAGCAAAAUUGGUGAGACGUGACCAUGAAGAAAAUAUUACAGAUAGAACUGAAAAAGCCCUGAGGGAUAUCGGAAUAACAUCGACAUUUGUGAAAGUCACACAAAAAGACAUCCGAAAUCUUUGGACAGAUAUUGAUUUAGAUUCUGUUAAAAUUCUUUGUGAAAUCUAUCGAUCUAUCACAGGCAGUCUCUUUGAGGAACAAACAUACAAGAAAUUUUAUGACUGCAGUGAGAGAAUCGUGUUGUCGGCAAUUGCAUUCUUGACGCUUCCAGAAACGAUAAUCGAACUUGAUCGUCGUUUGCCCAUGGGAAAAAUUCAUAUAAUUCCACCGAAAGCGCAUCCUACAAAGGCUGUUUAUCAAAAAGGCAACAAGGUGUCUCCGUACUUGGAAUAUCCAAUGACCGUUACAGAUUGGCGAAUAUAUCGCAAUGAGGAAAAGAAAUGGCAGCAGUUACGCAGAGGCAGAGCAAGUCCUCGGGUUAUUUUACCUGUUCAUUGUUUAACAGAAGCUGAAAAUCUUGGACUCCAAAUCAUAAAUGAUUUUUCGUCAAUUGAAAGGUCCCAAACUUCCCAAGACAGUGAUUUACUAGAAAGCAGAGUACCAAGUAUGAAUAUCACAAGCAAAACAAGGAUUUCUUCAUUUUUAAGUAUCUUAAAAAUAUCAACAAAUAAUUCGAAGGAAAUGCAAAUUUCACCAAGUGAUGGAAGUACAACGCUGAAAAGUAUGAAACCUGGAAUGCUGCAGUGUAAUAAAAGUCGACCACUGCUAAAUAAUAAAAAUGAAACUAUACAGAGUGAGACGAUCACUGGAAACGCAACAAUGAAUGAAUUGAAAGGAGACAAUAUUGUCAACAAUGUGGAAACAUAUCAAGAUAAAGGCAACUUGUUCUUCCCCGAACAUAAAAAAACUUUUCCUUCAGGAAGACAUAAUUUAUCCCAGAAAUGGCAGGAUUUUCUCAUGGAUGCGGAUGAGAACUUCUUAACUCUCGAGAGGGAAGCAAAUAUCAUUUUGAAGAAUGUUCACGAUACCACCGAGAAAAUAUUCGGUACUGACGUUUGCGAUGGUUGCUAUGACGGCAGGAAGAUUAAAGAGAUGGGCACGAACGCUACGGAAUCUAAAAAUGAUACUUUGAUUAUUGAUAAUGUGAUAGCUGAUGAUACAGAACGGUACAUUGUGGGUUCCAUAGGCGUCAGCUCUCAUGCAGACAACCUGCCGGACUAUUCUAAAAGUGAACCACUAGUAAUUCCCUCUGAGGAUCGAGUCUUUAAGACGGCAGUAAUUGACACAAUUGCACUUGAUGAAAAGCAUCAAGUACUCUGUAUCACUUCAGGAAUCUCAAAACAAAUCAAUCACGUUCCUAGGAGAAUUCUUCCAAAACCACCAUUACCCAAAAAGAAUGUGCUUCCAUGCAACUGCAAAUUCUCAAACCCAGAUAAAAAUUCCAACAAUGUAAAUGCAUCGUCACACACUCACAAAGACCCUAAAUACAUCUUGGAAAACAGCCGACUAGAAGAAUUUAAUGGGCACGAAAAAUCGUAUGAGCUCUCUAUAAGUGAAAAAAAAAGAAAAGAGAAAGAAAAGACAAAUAAGACCGAUCGAUCGUUUCGUGCGACUGAAUCGGAUAAGACUACUGAAGAAUAUCCUCCUGCAGUGGACGAUAGUAUAGAGGAGAUUAAAAAAUGUAAAAAGUGUAGUGAUUCUCCGGAUACGUGCCAGCAAAAUCCACUUAAGGAAAUAUUCGAUCGGCUUAUGAAAGAAAAGGCGAUUGAGCACGGAAAGGAUAAGCCUCCCAUAAAAUCAGAACCAAAGAAGUAUAGAGAAUGUCUGAAAAUCUCAGUAGAAGGUGUGGCUUCGAGUAAUCAAUGUGUGGUGACUGGAAUCUCAGUGCGAACUCCAAUCACGAUCACUCCAGUAUCUAGUGAAUCACAAGUUGAUAUACACGCUUAUGAGAAACAUCAUCAUUGGUCAGUGACUGAAUUCGUACCUCAUGCCGCCACAGAUGUACAAAAGGUGGUAGAACAUGCUUCCAAUGAAAUGAACAAACAAGAUGUAACCGAUAAGGAACAAGUUGAAACAAAAAUUGAAGAAUUGUUGAAUGAACCAAAAUAUAUUGAUAUUGUUGAUGGGUCGAAAAUAUCAACAAAAGGCCAAAAAGAUGAUGGGGCUAUUAAACGAAAAGAAUCCAAAAAGCUGGAGGUAGAUUCGAAAAAAAUCAGUGCUGCGGCCAGAGAUAAAUUAAUUGGUUCCUGUCAUAAGAAACGCAAAGUUGAGAGAACAGAAAAACAAGUAGAAGAAACAAAGAAUUUGCAGAAAUUGAUGAAGGAAGCUUUAGAAGAAAUGGCUGAAGAAGGAUAUCUAUUUGCGAAGCUACCACAAUGCGAUAAAAUUCCGCCUCUCCAGACAUGGAUUCUGUACCGCAAAGGAGUCAUAAUGGAGAAAAAAAUCGAAAAAAAUCUUGCAAAAACUCUGAAAGUUUGGGAAGCUUGUGGAACCAGUAUCCCCAAGAAAAUCAAAGCUCCAAUGAUGGAUAUCUCAGAAAAGCAAAAGUCAUCUCUUACGUGGGAUCAAUUUCACAAAAUAAGAUUGAAGAUCACCUCCAAGAAAAAAACAUUUCACAGCAGCGUGCGCAAAUCUCGAGUACUUCAAUCAAGAGCGAUGUGGGCUUGUAUGGAUUAUGAACAAAAUCCAAAUGCACGCUUCAAAAAAUCAUACUUUCUAUACCAAGCCAGUAAGGAAAACGAUGGAUAUCUUCUCAAACCCUAUGGCUUCCAGGGCUGCUAAAAUUGACUUUGGCACAUUCAAUACAGCGAACCGGAGACAACGCCAUGGACUUUCACGUUAUUCAAUGAAUAUUUUUAUAAAAGCGAAUUUGAACAAAUUUUUAUUAAACAUUUGAAGAAUCAAAAAAUUCUAUAGUCAAUAGGAAAGAGUAUUUUUCCGAGCUGUGGGGAUGAUGUUUUUGACUCGUUUGGAGUUGACCUUCGGGCUGAAGGCAAGAACUAGUCAACCAGAGGAGUAAAAAAAAACCCAGCAACCCGGCCAAUAUUUGUCCGUAGUAAUUUUCUAGUUUUCGCAUAUGGGAAUUACGUAGUACCAAUGGCCAGACGAGAAAUCGUGAAGAACAGUACCGAAUAAUCUGUUAAUAUAUCAAUGAAUUUAUAUGCAAAGAAAUAAAAAUAAUAUCUGAAUGAACUAGACCCCAAAAUUGAUGUAAAACAGAAAUGUGGUGAGUUUCUCACGGAAAAUCGGAACGGUUUGUUGUUGCUUGUCACAUUUUAUAUGAAAAAUAUUUCUUCCUUCGUUUGCUUCGACCCAACUACUGUAUUAAAUUUUACAAAGUAAGGAAUUCACCAAAUUCAUUACUGCGAUUCAUUCAAGAUUUUCCCGCCGUAUUUCUUACAGUUUCCUUUUUGAAAAACAACGAAUAGCAAAUCGUCUACAAA